AUGGGUGAGCGCGGACCCCCGGGAGCGGGAGGCGGCGGCGGCGGGGCCCUGGCGCGCAAACCCGCGCUCGCCCUCGCCCUCCUCCUCCUCCUCCUCCUCCUCUGUCUCCGCGCAGAGCCCGAAGCCGCCGCGCCCGCCCCGCGGCCCCGCGCAGUGCUCCGGUACCGGAUGCGCGACGUGGACCACAAGAGCCUUUACCUGCGCGACGGGCGGCUCGUGGCCGGGCACCUGCAGGGCGCCAACGCGGCGCGGGAAGAGGAGGUGUUUUGGGUGCCCAACCGCGCCUUCGCGCCCGCCCGGCUGCCCCUCGUCAUGGGCAUCCAGAACGGGUCCCGGUGCCUCGCCAGCGCCCCCGGGCCCCGGCCCAGCCUGAGCCUGCAGGACGCCGACAUUCGGGAGCUGCCCCGCGCCGGGGCGGCCUCGGCCGCCUUCACCUUCUUCCGCUCGUACCGGGCCGGGCUCUGGCGCUUCGAGUCGGCCGCGAACCCCGGCUGGUUCCUGUGCACCUCGGCGCGGGGCCACCAGCCCCUGGGGCUCUCCCGGUGCCACGAUGCCAGCACCCGCCUCGACUUCUACUUCAGCGCCGCCGAGUGCCCGGAGCCCGGCACCGGGGACCGGGACCCCCCCGUUGGGGACCGGGACCUCCCCCCCGCUGACCCCCGGUGA